CAUCGCGUCGUCGCGGCCGGCAGCACACGAAGCGCGAUGGAACGCGAUGGCAUGGUAGUACCCAAAGUGUGCGAUGUUAUACCCACCGAGUUCGUUUCAUUCCGUGUCGCGCCAAGAAUUCAAUCGAAACCAAGCGGUGUGAGAAGAGAACCCCGGUGGCAGCUCCGUGCCGGAAACACGACGAACGACGACGAAAGGCAACGCAACGCAACGCUAUACCACACCACACUUCACGACACGUGCACCAAAGGACACCCACCUUCCGCCGGGAGGACCCGCAGCCGCUCCUGGGCGAUCCGGGACACAAAGGAGGGGGACCAGUCCGGGAUGCUGUCGGGCCCGGUGUCGGUGGCCGUCCACUGGUCCUCGGAGAUCUCCCAGGGGUCCCUCCAGGGACGCCCCACCUUUCGGUCGAGCUCGUCGUUGAUGCCCUCCUGCCGGAGCCGGUAGGCCUCCCGUUCCCGCUCGUCCUCGUCCUCCUCCUGCUGCUGCCGCUCGUAGUCGUAGCCAUAGUCGUCGUCGUAGCCGUCGUCCAGGCUCCGAAACCGGUGGUCCAGCAGGUCGGGAAUGUCGUCGGGAUCCUCCGGGUCCGCGACGCCGCGGGUGGCGACGGUGGGAUCGACCGCAAACAACCGGUGGUGCGUCCCGUGAAAGGACCGGUGGGGGCCGCUGCUGCGUCGUCUGUCCCGGAGGGCGGAAGCCUCCGUCCCCGUCGCCGAAAAAACCCGGGCCCGCGAGCGGCACGAGCGGCCCACAACGCGGGCGCCGGCCCCGGACGCCGUGGCAACCGUGAUCCUCCCCGCCGAUAGUCUCCACAUGUUGGGCUUUGUUUGUUGUUCGGGGAGAAAGUGACUCGUUCCGUUCCGUUCCGUUCCGUUCCGUUCCGUUCCCAGAUCUCCGGCCUCUGUGGGAAUGUGCCGUAGAAGUGUUGGUUGUUGCUUGAUUUGAUUUCCCUGUGGUGCUGGUUGCCGGAGCGCUGCUCGUUUGUCCCGGUGGUGAAUCACCAAUCAAUCGAUCGAUCGAUCGAGACGAAAGCUGAAGCUGAAGAUUAAGCUGAGAUCUGUCUGUUAGUCGAUGCACAGAUGCUGCUGAGAAGUGGUUUCGAUUUCGAGUACUGUACCUGGUACGGGACGAACCGUACGGCACGAGCAGGAGUAACGGUGCCUGUCGUAAAGUUGGGAAACGGUUGAUGCAAGACGGCAAAAAUGGUGUACAGGUAUUUGCUACCCCUGGACAUACUCAUACAUACUAUACGUAUCAUGAUAUGGUACGGAAGUACCUCGAUUUUUUCUAGGAGUUCUACCGUCCGGUACGAGUACGUACGGUAUGGUCCAGUACGGUACGGUAGAUGGCGUGAUUGAUUGCAUUGAUUCCUUCUCAUUUUUCUGYAAGACCUCUUACAAUACAAGGUAUUCAUGUGAGGAUGAAGUACAAUCACGAGUAGCUAGUGAAUAACCUCACUCUUUAUUG